AUGAUUGUGGUGAACAACUCCCUUUGUGGAAGACGGGAUGCGGACAAAGAAGUGCUGUCUCUACACGUUCAUUACACUUUUGUAAGAACAAGCUCUAUUUCGAGUGUCGAAGUUGUCGACUCUCGGAAGAAGGAGAACCACUUCAAUCGACUCGUCAGUUUGAGUUGUGGCCACGCUAUGAAAGCGCUGGUCUGGCCAUCCCUACGCCGGGCUCAGAAGACACUUAUCGGAAGCAGCUUUAUGAUCGUUGGACGACUUCUUGCUAUCAAGAGUGUCGCAGCGGAAAUGUCAAUGAGAAUCGCUGAUACAUAUAUUCCUUUCGCAGGUAUGUGGAAUGGUAAUCUACACUUCGAUCUUCUUUGGCGAGCAUUGCGGGAUCUCUCAAAACCGGAACAAUAUCGCGCACCAUCGUGGUCAUGGGCAGCCAUGGACGGACCUAUCAACUGGGUGAACGAUCUCAUAGAUGUACAUCAGAACCACACAUGGUUGCAGAGACUGCCGUUCAGUAUAAUUGAUUUAGGAGAAUCUGGACUCGGAGUUGAUAGGCCAUUUUUGAAGGUCAGAGCAUUACUUGUGCCUGUUGCCUUCAUCGAGGAAUGUGAUCACGACGAACGAUGGCUUUACGGGACACGGAUCCUGCCUUACGACAUCUGCAUUCAGAGCAAUAAAUCGACAGUGGAAGAUCAAGGAAAGAACAUAGAAUCACUUUCGCUUCAGGAUAGUUUUCUAAGUGAUAUCAAUGACGGUGUCAUCAAAAUUGCAGAAGCUCAGUUAGACCUGGACGAUACGGAUAACCUGACAAAAUCACCCCGGAAGCUAUUCUAUCUACACAUCCAGCAUACUUGCCGCUGUACUGGUCUAAUCUUGGAGCAAGAGGAUGAGAAUAUCGAAUUGUGGAAAAGAGUUGGAGUUGCCUCAAUAUGUAAGACGGCACCAUAUAGUCCAUUUUGCCCUGAGUUUUUCGAACAGCACCUGGAAUUACGGGAGGUUACUCUCGUAUGA